AUGACCUCUACCGCUGCCUCACCCCAGAGUGUGGGUAUCAAGCGCGCAUACCAACCCGAAGAUAAAUCCUCCCAAUCCCAUCAAGAUCUUUAUCCUCCCACCGCUUCCCCGCCUCAUAGUGUAGCUUCGGCCACCUCCGCCUUUCGCAAUGUCUCAGCUUGCAAUCGCUGUCGCGUUCGAAAGAAUCGGUGUGAUCAACGAUUACCUGCCUGCAGCACUUGCGAAAAGGCGAGUGUUCGAUGCGUAGGAUAUGAUCCUAUCACCAAGCGAGAAAUCCCCCGCAGCUAUGUCUACUAUCUCGAGACUCGAUUAGCAUACUUCGAGCAACUCCUCAAGGCCAACGAUGUCUCGUUUGAGGCCGCUGAUGUAUACAGUGCCGAGUCCAAAGAGCUUGGUGAUAAUGCACAAACCCCCAAUAGCACCCGGAAUACCUGGCUGGGGCCGCAGUCCCCAAAGACCACUUCACCACAUGCCACCAAGCACGAGGACUGGGAGAAGAAGCAAGAUGACGCCGACAAGCUCAACAAGCUAGUGUCCAAUAUUGGCAUGGUCUCGGUACAAGGUGCCUCUGAUGCGCGAUAUCUGGGUUCCACCUCUGGUAUUUCCUUUGCUCGGCUGGUCCUGGCUGCUGUCAAAAGCUCAGUCUCGACCAACAAUUCUGAGCGUGCAGGCCCCAGGUCCAGUCGGCCUAUGACAAAUGUAGCUGCAUCUGGUGGAAGUUCAAUGAGAGAUUCCUACUUUGGCUUGCAGACGAAACCUACCAUCAAAGAAGCCCCUUUUCCUGAUCGCCAGUUGGGUGCCAAAUUGGUCAAUCUGUACUUCGAACAUGCAAAUCCACAAAUACCAGUUCUGCAUCGAGGUGAGUUUCUGGAUUUAUUCGAACGAACUUACUCCACCGAACCAUCGAGGAGAACGAGUCGGGAGCUCUACUUGCUCAACAUCGUCUUUGCAAUUGGUGCUGGCAUCAUUUGGGGCUCUUCUGAUCCGCAGCCCAAUUCGCAUGGUCAAGGCGACUAUGCAUCAAAAAGACCUAGGCUGGCCAGUCAACAGGCUCAACCGGAGGAAUACCAUGCUUCCGCUAUCGUACACCUGGGUCCUUUCCUAAGCUCAAAUUCAUCGCUUGAGGGCGCUGACCGACCCAACGGUGACCUGGAAGAGCUGCAAGCUGUCUUAUUGCUUUGUGGCUUUGCCUUGCUAAGGCCGGUUGCUCCAGGACUCUGGUAUAUAGUUGGUGUGGCCAUGCGCCUUGCUGUCGACCUGGGACUGCAUUACGAGGAUGGCUCGGGGAUUGAAAAUGUUCCCAAUCCAAACGAUAUACUCAAUAGCAGUGGAGACAUGAAGCCACCCCAGUCUGUGAAUGCCAAAGAAAAAGGUCGAAGGGAGUGGGUUAGAGAUUUUCGCCGACGGCUUUGGUGGUGCACCUACACAUUCGACCGCCUAGUUAGUACCUGUGUUGGGAGACCAUUCGGAAUAACAGACCAAGUGGUUACCACAGACUUUCCAUCUCUACUCGAUGACAAAUAUAUUACGCGCGGGGGAUUUCUUCAGCAACAGAUGCCCGCCAACGAACCUACUUACAAGUGCGUCUCUCGGCACUAUUUCCGACUUCGUCUCCUCCAGUCGGAAGUUCUGCAGGUACUCCAGUACCAACAAGCACAGCAAACUCAUCAUCAAGGGAUGAAGAGGCGCAAUCAGUUCAUGCAUACACAACUUCCCUCACCAUUUCUGAGCAAAUUCCACAACUCCUUCCGCCUGUGGCGGAAAGACAUAGACCAGCGUCUCUGGGAAUGGAAACAAUCAGCCCCUGAGCCUCAUGAGACUGGAGUCGGGUUUUCCGUCCAGUUCCUGGAGUUGAACUAUUGGCAAGCGGUCAUCAUGCUUUAUCGACAAAGUUUGAGCGUACCAGGACCUUUGGCCAGUGAACUAAGUCCGACUGAGGAUGUUUCCAGCCCGUCAAGUGUGCGGACGGAAGAAAAGGAGGACGAAGACCUGGUUUUCCUCAAAUGCGCUGAAGCAGGACAGAAAACAUUGAAACUCUACCGACAACUUCAUCGUUUACGGCUGGUAAAUUACACAUACCUCGCAACACAUCAUCUCUUUAUGGCAGGCAUCUCCUUUCUCUAUGCAGUAUGGCAUUCUCCUGCAGUCAGGGCUGGCUUGACACUUGAUGAUUUCGACUUCACCGUUUUAUCUGCAACUUCGGUUCUUGGAGACUUGAUGGAGAAAUGCCCGCCUGCGGAGGCAUGUAGAGAUGCAUUUGAACGAAUGAGCAAAGCUACGGUUCAGAUGUGCAUGUCAACCCCGGGAUAUGGAUUCUCUGAACGUGAGGAGACACGAGUGCCAUUAUCACGGCAGUCAAGUUUGCAGAGCCCAGUUGUACCCAUGAAUAUCGAUUCGUACCCCCAAUUGGCGCCCAGACCACCAAUGAAGCGUCCACUACCAAAAUUUGAUAUGGAUCUUCGAGAAUUGUUUCCAGAUGACUUGGAAUUAAAUGUUCGGCCGUCUCAAUCUUUCCCACAACCCUUUCAAGGACAGCCACGAAUGCAGCCUCUUACCCAACAACAGUUGAAUCAGAGACAAGCUCCAUUCCAACCAAUGGCACAACCACACCAGAAUUCACCUCAGCAGCAGCAACGACUCCCGGCUUUAUCGAGUAUCAAUUCACAGAUUGAUUCUGGUCUCGGUCUUGGUGGAGCCCAACAAUCAGGAACAAUUCCUCCAACACGCCAUUUCGACCAGCAGCAACAACCUUUUUAUAUGCAAAAUACUUAUAAUCCAGAUUUCAUGUCAUCCCUUCCGGGAAUGGACUUCUUGAACAAUGCCAUGGGAGCGGGGGCUGGCGAAAAUAAUGAUGAUUUCAACUUCGAUACCAAUGGCUUGGACCUUGGCUUUGGUAUGGGAUUGGAUCUACAACAUGAUUGGUCGGAUGGCCAGCAAUAUGACCUGUUUGAUGGGUUCUUCUUUGGUAACAAUGCCGUCAUAAAUGGAACAGGCAACGGUCUUGGUGGUGAGGGAAGUAUCAAAGAGGAAGGUAGUGGGGAAUGGACCGGGGAAUGA